AUGGAAGAAGCGCAAGUAUUCAUGAAAGACGGAAAAGUAGACGUCCGUCUGCACCGUGUCCCUAUCCCUAAGCCAGGACCCGGUCAAGUCCUCAUCAAAGUUGUCGCCAGUGGAACAAACCCCAAGGACUGGAAGUUCCCAGCAUGGAUGCCACAAUUCAGCGGCACCAACACCGGCGAUGACAUUGCCGGGUAUAUUCACGAGGUUGGUGAAGGUGUCGUGGGCUUCAAAGUCGGCGACCGCGUCGCGUCCUACCAUGACUACAAGACACCGCAUGGCAGCUAUGCCGAAUAUGCCAUCGGGGAAGCCUAUGCUACAUUCCACAUUCCGGAGAAAAUCUCCUUUGAACAAGCGGCUACAAUCCCGCUUGCGGCCAUGACGGCGUCGUUGGCUCUGUUUUCUCGUCUGGGGUUGCCUGAGCCGUGGUUCAAGGAGAAGACCUGGGCUCAGAAGCCGGAGGGGGAGUGCUGGUCUACGGGGCUGCGAAAAGCGGACAUUCACCCUAUCAUUUGUGUUGCGGGCCGCGGAAAGGAAUUUGUGCGCAGUCAUCUCAGCGAGGAAAAGGGGGAUGUGGUCAUUGAUUAUCGGGAAGGAGAAUCGGCUGUGCUCGCUGCGAUUAAGGAAGCCGUACCCAAGGGGAAGAAAGUGCGUUAUGUUCUGGAUGCUGUCAGUGAGAAGGCGAGUUUCGCUGUUGUCUGCCAAGUGCUGGAUUCCGCGGGUGGUGCCAUGUCUGUUGUCAGUCCCGUGGGACCCGAGGAGUGUCCGGAUGGUAUCCGUGUAGAACUCACCGACGUCGGCAGGGCUCACAGGGAUGACAAGGAGUUUGCAUAUACCUGGUCAAGAUUCUUCACUCUCGGUCUCAGCGAAGGAUGGUUCACGCCUCAUCCUCAUGAAGUUAUCCCGGGUGGCCUCAGCGGAGUCCAGGUGGCGUUGACCAACCUGAUGGAAGGGAAGGCUAGUGCAGUCAAAUAUGUUGUCAAGGUUAAGGACGUCUAG